CAAUAAUAAUAAUAAAAAGAAAGAAUAGGGAGAGCGAGUCAUGUUCCAAUUUCCAAGUACAAGUUAUCGGAAAAUUCGAAGGCCUAAUAAUCUUGACCGGCUGUCCAUUUAUUGAAUAAUAAUUGCAUCUGAUUCACAUGAUAAAGAUUCUGGUAAUACGAAUGUGACGUAAAGAAUAUCUUGCCAAAUUGGCUAUCAACUACGCCGUCUGCAUACAAAAACAUACACGGACAGGCGCAACUGAUUCUUGAAUUACGUUCUCGUUUACGAGGUUAUUCACGUGGCAAACAAAAGAAUCCGAUAAUUUAGAAUCCUAUCGACUACGUCGUUGCAAUUCCGCACAAAACCCGAUGAUGUUAACGUAAUCAGGCUGAAUUGUCAUUCACAACGUUUUGAAUUCUCAUCGAAUCGGUAUCACUAAUAAUAACUAUGGAUGUUCGUUUAGACUCGACACAACGAUCCAUGUCACCCCAAGGUUCCUCAUUCAAUGAAGUUUGGCCCCAGAUAGAACCAUUGGUCAAAAAAAUCUUCACGAAUGAUACAUUAAGCAAAUCUGAUUGGCAAGAAAUCUUUUGGAAAGUGCAUCUUACCUGUAUGUGGGAUCCUCAUUCAGCAUACCAACUGCAGCAACGAUUACGGGAACUUUUUAGCUUCUAUAUUACCCGAGAACAACGGUUCAUAUUUUCCAAUGCUCAGACAGAUUUAUCGUUGAUGAAGGCUUACAUGGUCGCCUGGAAACGGUUCAUGUUUUACUAUACGUACGUGCCAUUACCGUUCGCUCCUCUCGAGAAACUAGUCUUUAAUCGUGGGGGUCCGAUUGGUGAUAAUCACACCAAGUCCGAAGAAACGGACAACUUUCUUCGCCUUUCCAUGAUGGAAAUGUGGGUGUUACACAUAUUCAGUAGAGUAUCCGAUCAACUGGUACAUGGUGCAAUGUUGCUAGUCGAUGCCGAACGUAAGAAUGUGCACAGCGAUCCUCAAUUGAUUGUCGGUGUAAAAGAAUCCUGUGUCAACCUUUGCAAAUAUCUACCCAACCGUCAUUACAUUUACCGAAACAACUUUGAAAGCGUGUAUCUAGCCUCGAUCGAGAGUUUCUAUCAGGCCAAAGGUCAAGAGUAUUACAACGAACAUGGUGUUCUCAAUUACAUGAAAUGGGUGGAUCAAAAAAUCAAAGAAGAAAUCGAUCGAGCCAACAGAUACCUUGAACCACAAUCAUUAAGCAAGGUGAUUUCCUCUUGUGUCAAUACACUGGUCGCUCGAUACAAAGAAAUGUUGGCCGACAAAUUCCUAGAUCUCAUCAAAUGUCGUGAUAUCGUUAGCCUGAAUCUUAUGUUCACCUUACUAGAUCGAGUGGAUAACGGUAUCGACCCGCUACUCGAAAAGUUCGAGAAAUAUAUGACUAACAUUGGUAUGGAGAAUCUACGACUUGAAGCAAUGACCAUCGCUCAAGAUUCAGAAAAGUAUAUCGACAAUCUGCUCAAACUGUUUAACAUGGCAACCACGCUCAUUCAGGAAGCUUUUAAUUCCGAUUCACGAUUUUUGACCACGCGUGAUAUGUCGAUUAACAUGCUCAUCAACGAUAAAACAAUCUUUGCCUUAGCUUUUGCCCUUAAACAGAAUAAUAAUAACGGCCAAACAAGUGUCAACGAUUCAAAUGCUGGAGCCGCCACUACUGAUGAAAGCUUAACAGCAAAUAGUAGUAAUUCAGUGAUUGCUAUCGGUAAUCAAAGCCAAAAGAAGUGGUUCGAAUCACGUAAUGCCGAACUAUUUGCCAACUUUUGUGACAUUCUACUUCGUAGGACAAACGUAUCACGUCAUUUGUCACCUGAACAAAUUGAAUCAAAACUAAAGAAUGUAAUACUGCUGCUAAAAUACUUACAAGACAAGGAUGUUUACAUGAAAUACUACAAGGCACAUUUGACACGCCGUCUCAUCCUGGAUGUGUCGAUCGAUCUGGACAAAGAAGAAAUGAUGGUCAACUGGCUUCGUGAAGUGGGAAUGCCGGCCGACUACGUCAACAAGAUUAGUCGCAUGUUCCAAGACCUCAAAGUAUCAGAAGAUUUCAAUCGUCAGUAUAAACUCUGCUGCGAUAAACAAGUUGGUGAUCUGAUUAACGUCAAAAUUCUCAACUCAUCCACAUGGUCGCGCAAUAUGGAAAAAGUAAACGUAUCGUUGCCCUCUGAAAUUGAAGAACUUAUGCCCAAGAUUGAAAGCUUUUAUAAGAACAAACAUAAUGGACGAAAUCUAUUCUGGCAUCACCAGUUUAGCUAUGGAAUUGUCACUUUCCAUUCAGACAAUGGUUCAUAUGAUCUAGAUGUUACGUCAUACCAGGCAGCCGUGCUUUUUGCCUGGAAUGAUAGACCCACCGAUUCUAUUAGCCUUGAAACGCUCAUCCUCUCCACUCAACUGCCCAACGUUGAAUUACGUAAAACUCUAUGGUCCCUAGUCUCAAAUGCCAAACUAAAAACUCAAUUGUUGUUGGUCGAUCAUCAUGAUGGUAAUCCGCCAGGCAAAGCCAAUCAGGCGAUCAAGAGCUUCAAAGAUUUCAGUGAUGAUAGCCGAUUCAUAAUAAACCUCAAAUUCUCUUUGUAUGGAAAAACGGGGCGUAUGAUGAAACGAGGUCGUUUCAAUCUGAUUGGUAGACUUCAAUUGCAACCGGAAAAAUUCCGGGAAGAAGAAGCGGAAAGUAUUGUCAAGUUACGUAUAUUACGCACGCAGGAGGCAAUCAUGAAGAUAAUGAAGAUGCGAAAAACGACUACCUGCAAUGCAUUACAUCUGGAAUUGACUCAUGUCCUGAAGGAAAUGUUCGUACCGAGCAAACAGUUAAUCAAAGAUCAGCUUGAAUGGCUUAUCGAGAACGAAUACAUUCGUCGUGAUCCAAACGACCAUACUGUGCUUACAUACUGUUGAAAGGGAUAGAUAGUUGUUGUAAAUAUAGCAAUUUUAAUGUAAUUAAUCCAAAUAAAUAAAUUACAUUGUUUCACAUGAA